AUCUAUCCCGUCUCUUCGCAUUCCUUUCGAGAGAGAACUGGUGACCUAUCGUCUUCGACUCUUCAUCGAUUUCCUAUUUGUUCAUCGGAUGAUUCAUGCAUAAAGUUAUUUUCCUCUUAAUCAGAUCUGUUGCAGGCGAUCACUGUUUUGUCUUCAAUCGAUUUCAAGCUAUUGAGAUCGAAGGCGAACGGUUUCCUUAUUGGAGUUUUCUUGUUGAUUUCCGUUCUUGAACAAAGAAAUUAGGGUUUUAUUUUAUCGUUUGGUAAGGUUUUUGGAUUGAAGAAAUCGAUUUUUGGUCCGUAGAUGUCUGUGUUCUUGCAAUAGAAAUCGAUUGGUUGACUUGAGGCGGAUGGCUAACGGCACGGAUCCGGAGCAGUUCGUGUUGCUGUCCGGGGUUAGAACUGGCCUUAAACGUGAAUUCGCUUUCGCCUUGAAGGUUCAAUCAGAGCUGUGUGGUUCACUUGGUCGGACUAGAGCGAGGAAGUUUCAGAAUAGCCCCACUGCUAAUGGAGUUUCUCAGAAUUCGAGUAAUAAGAGAAUUAAGAAAUCAAAUCCGAAGAAGGAAACGAAGAAUGAUGCUGCAAAGCCUCAAAUCGAAGAGGAGAUGAAGAGAGAUGUGGACAAAUCCCUAAUCGAGGAGGAGCCCAAUGUCGAUCUGGCGAAAGCUGCGGGUGGAGAGGAGACCAAGAACGUUCGCUCCGAGGAACCCAAGGUCGAUCUGGCGGAACCUAUGACAGUAGAGGAACCGAAUAUUGGUGACCCAGUGGAGCCCCAAAACAAUAAGGCUAAAUCCGCAGACGAGAGGGAGAAGAGUGAGUUUGCGAAACCUGUGAAAGAGGAAUGCAUUGAAUCCCCAGUGCCAAUUGAUGAUGGAAACAAAACACAGCAUGCAUUGCCGGAGAAGCCCCUGAAGAGGUUUACUCGUUCAGCAUUGAAAUCUAAGGCAAAGCCCGUGGAGAUCUCAGAGAAGAUUAAUGGGGGUUCUUUUCCAUUAGAAGAUUUUAAGGAGAGAAAGAACAGUGAUCUGAAAGAGGAACCAAAAUGUAAUUCGAAACCUCUGAGCGAGGGAGAGAAUGGUGAUCUGAAAGAGGAACCGAAAAGUAAUUCGAUGAAACCUCUGAGCGAGGAGAAUCGUGAGAGUGAUCUGGUGGCCCCGGCGACACCUGCAAGAGAUGUGAAGCUAGAGGAAGAGAAUUUUGAGGAACCCAACAACGAUCAGAAGAUAUCAGAAUUAGGGGAGCAACUGAAGAAUGAUCCUACAAGCGCUCAAACGGAAGAAGGAACUUGCAUGGAAUCCUCAAUGGUGAUUGAUGGUUGUAGCGAAGAACAGAAUGCCUCGCUUGAGGGGCCACCGAGGCGGUUUAGUUGCUCAGACUUAAAGCCAGAGGUAGAACCAAUGGAGGUUUCCGCUUCUGCGGGUGGUGAUUCUUUGGAAUCAGUAGAGGCCAAGGAUGAAACAUCUGCCAUGGGUGGUUCCUUUACACCAGAGGAUGCCAAGACUGGGGCUGUAGUGGGAGACGACUGCAAAAAUACUGGUCUUGUCAGCCCAUUGAGAGCAUCACCCAAGAAGAAGUUAGAAAUGAAAAUGUCGAAAAAGAUUGCCUUGACCAAAUUUCCCUCAAAGGUCAGGGAACUCCUUGAUACUGGUAUGCUUGAAGGACUGGCCGUCAGGUACCUCGUUCGUGGUAAGAAAGGACUUCGGGGAGUGAUUAAAGACUCUGGAAUUUUGUGUUCUUGUUCUUCUUGCGAGGGUUGCAAGGUUAUUACUCCGAUCCAGUUUGAAAUCCAUGCUGGUAGCUUAAAUAAGCGCCCGUCGGAUUAUAUUUACUUGGAAAAUGGGAACAACCUCCGUGAUGUGAUGAAUGCAUGCAAGGAUGCUCCCUUAGACACUUUGGAAGCUACAAUUCAAAGAGCAAUUGGUUCCUCUCCUAUGAAAGAUGCUACUGUAUGUCAGAAAGAGGCUACUUUAUGUCAGAAUUGCAAAAGGCCUUUUACUGCAUCAUGCACUAGGAGAUCAAUGCUUUUAUGCAGUUCAUGUGUAGAGGCAAAGGAAGGUCAAGACAGUUCACCUUGUAUGACCAGUGCUACUUCUAGGUUGUCAAAGUUGGCUUUGACUCCAAAGUGUUCUACAAGUGUUUCGAAGCGUAUCUCACCUCCAAAUGGUAGUAAAGGGAAGAUAACAAGAAAAGACUUGAGAUUGCAUAAGUUGGUCUUUGAGGAAGGUGGGCUACCCGAGGGUACUGAAGUAGCUUAUUAUGCACGUGGACAGAAAUUGGUUGAGGGUUAUAAAAAGGGUUCUGGAAUAUUCUGUCAUUGCUGCAACAGUGAGGUCAGUCCUUCACAGUUUGAAGCACAUGCUGGUUGGGCUUCACGUCGCAAACCCUACCUACACAUUUACACAUCUAAUGGGGUGUCACUACACGAAUUGUCGAUAUCUCUUUCAAAAGACCGUAAAAUUUCUGCCAAAGACAGUGAUGACCUCUGCACCAUCUGUGCAGAUGGCGGGGAUCUGCUGCUUUGUGAUGGAUGUCCCAGGGCCUUUCACAAAGAUUGUGUGUCUCUGUCAAACAUCCCUUGUGGUGAUUGGUACUGUAGAUAUUGCCAAAAUAUGUUCCUAAAAGAGAAGUUUGGUGAUAACGUUAAUGCUAGGGCUGCUGGAAGGGUUUCUGGAGUUGAUCCUAUUGAACAAAUAUCCCAGAGAUGCAUAAGAAUUGUCAAAUCCUCAGAAGCUGAAGUUGGUGGAUGUGCCUUAUGCAGAGGCCAUGGAUUUAGCAAAUCAGGAUUUGGUCCUCGGACUGUUCUACUAUGUGAUCAGUGUGAGAAGGAAUUCCAUGUCGGCUGUUUGAGGGAUCACAAAAUGGCAGAUCUAAAGGAAUUACCCCAGGGGAAGUGGUUUUGCUGCACAGAUUGCAAUAGGAUUCAUUCUGCUCUGCAAAAGUUGCUUGUUCGUGGACCAGAGAAGCUGCCAGACUCUCUUUCAAACAUUAUAAAGAAGAAGCAUGAAGAAAAUGGUCCUGAAGAUGGUAAUCUUGAUAUAAGAUGGAGGCUUCUCAGUGGGAAGAUUUCUUGUCCUGAGACUAGACUGUUGCUUUCCAAGGCUGUGGCUAUCUUUGAUGACCGAUUUGAUCCUAUUGUUGAUACAACAACAGGUCGUGAUCUUAUACCAUCAAUGGUCUAUGGAAGGAAUUUAAGGGGGCAAGAAUUUGGAGGCAUUUAUUGUGCAGUCUUAACGUUGAACUCUUCUGUUGUAUCAGCUGGAAUUCUUCGGAUUUUUGGAACGGAAGUUGCAGAACUUCCUUUAGUUGCUACAAGUAGUGAUAAACAGGGACAGGGCUACUUCCAGUCCCUGUUCUCUUGCAUUGAGAGGCUUCUGGGUUUCUUACAUGUAAAGAACCUAGUGCUCCCAGCAGCUGAUGAGGCUGAAUCCAUAUGGACAAAGAAGUUUGGGUUCACGAAGAUAGCUCCAGAUGAGCUGAGUAAGCUGAGGAGAGAGUAUCAGAUGAUGACCUUUCAGGGGACUUCAAUGCUACAAAAGCCAGUCCCCAAGUUUCGAGUUCUUGCUAAAUCAUCUGAUAGCUGAUGGUAAAGCCCCAGGCAGUAGGAAGCAAAGUCUGGUUGAGCCUUUUGUUUUCCUCCACUACCAUGCAGUGCCUUUCACUUUAAUUGUACAGGGAGCGAUCUAUAAUUUUGGUGUACAUAGAGGAAUGGGACUCGCUUCCCAAAGAAUCUGUUUUUGCCUUUUUAUUUUUUUGUUAAUUUUGAUGUAGAAGCAAAAGAAAUGGUGAUGGAUUCAGUUGGUUAGUAGGUGAUGUAGGAAAUUGAUUGCAGUUGAUUCUAUAGUAGGAAAUUCAAUCUUUUUGAACUGAGGGGUUGUGAAAGGGAAACAUCCUUUUGUAAUUUGUGGGAAGUUAAGCCCCUCAUUUUACCCUGGGAUGCUCUCUGUUGCAGGUUUCGUUAAUUAUUUAUUUGUUUACUGUUUCUUAAGUAAUCUUUUUCUCCUCUGCUGUUUCUUA